GCGAGGCGGAGGAGGUGGGUGGGGGCUCCUAAUAUAAGGGCUUAGCUCGGUGGAUCCGGGUUUAAUUUCCACUGGUCGCCGGAGAAGAUGGGGAGGCGGCCGUGCUGCGACAAGCUGGGAGUGAAGAAGGGGCCGUGGUCGGCGGAGGAGGAUAGGAAACUGGUCGACUUCAUCCUCUCCAAUGGCCAGUGCUGCUGGCACUCUGUCCCCGAGCUCGCCGGGCUGCUGCGGUGCGGCAAGAGCUGCAGGCUCCGGUGGACCAACUACCUGCGGCCGGACCUCAAGAGGGGCUUGCUCAGCGAGGCGGAGGAGAGGCUCGUCGUCGACCUCCACGCUCGCCUCGGCAACCGGUGGUCGAAGAUCGCCGCGAUGUUGCCUGGAAGAACGGACAACGAGAUCAAGAACCUCUGGAACACGCACAUCAAGAAGAAGCUAGUCAAGAUGGGCAUCGAUCCUGUCACUCAUCGGCCGCUCAGUCACCCUGUGACGGCCGGGUCCCAGUCCGGCGAUCACCAGAUGCAGUCUCACGAUCAGCAGGAAGGUCCGGCGGCGGAGGCAAGCUCCGACUCCUGUAGCGCAGACGCGCUGCUGAGCUCCUUAUGGGGGGAGGACAACACUUGGGCGCUCCUAGAUGACAUGUGGCAGUUCCCGACCAUUACUGAGCACAACUACCCUACUGCCGCCGCCGCCGCCGCCGCCGGCGGCAGCCUGCCGUGGGACGACGACGAGGGGAUCUGUGAGUGGCUGCUGGAGGAGCAGGAGCUUGUUGCGGCUGAUGUGGAAUCGGAGACUUUGGACGGAGAAUCGUCGGCGAGUAUGUAGAAGAAAAUCGGUCAAUAAGUUUGAUCGAUGAGCAAGGAAGACGAUGGUCUUCGAUCUCAAGGAAGAGAAAAAGGUUAAAAUAAUAUUUUUCAAAAAACAUUAAAAUAAUAUUUCAUCU